AUGUACACAUCUACGAGUCAAGCUUGUUCAGCACUUGUACAUAAAUUUCAAUCUAAUAUUUGUUCAUUUCUUAAUUCAUCUGAAACAGAACUAUCUACAGAUUCACAUAUUCGAUGCAGCAAUAAAAUGAAAAACGAAAAAAGAAGAGAAGAAGCGCAAAACAAUGAAAUGAUUGUGUCUUCUGACAUUUCAACAUCAAGUAAAGAACAAAUAGAAACAACAAUGGGCAAUAAAGUAUUAAAAGAGAAAAGCAAAAAGGCAAAUUUUACUGAACUUACUGAUAAUCAAAUUGAAAUGCUUAUUUCAUCAACGAAUUUUUCAGCUGAACAAAUUCGUGAAUGGCAUGAAAGUUUUAUACGUGAUUAUCCAUCAGGUAAACUCGAUCGAAAACAAUUUAUUGAAGUUUAUCAAAAAUUUUAUCCACAAGGAAAAGCAAGCAAUUUUUGCUCGUUAGCAUUCAAAACAUUCGAUCGGGAUAAUAAUGGUUUGACAAAUUUUAUUUCUAAGAUUAUGAUAGAAAAGUUAUUCUUAUUAGGUAUUAUCGAUUUUAAUGAAUUUCUAACAGCUAUUGUGUUGACUAUGAGUAGCGAACUAAAAGAUCGUCUUGAUCUUGCCUUUUCAAUUUAUGAUAUCAAUGGUGAUGGUUUACUCGAUAAAAAAGAACUAACGCAUAUUAUAAAAUUGAUUUAUGAAGUCAAUGGAAAAAGAAAACUUAAACAAGAUCUUGAACCACAAGAUAUAGCUCGUAUGAUUAUUGACAAAUUUGAUAUUGAUGGUGAUCGAAAGCUUUCUCGACAAGAAUUUAUUGACGGAUGUUUAAAUGAUUCCCAAUUACGAAAAUUACUCACGCCAUGA